AUGGCCACGCUCGACUCCCAGCCCCAUUUUCUUUACAAGAUUGUCCCCUCCACGGCGGCAGUCCGUGAGCCACUGCCCGAUCGCCUACCAGUCAGCGAAUUGGACGAAAGCUCAGGAUUUAUUCAUCUAUCGAUGUCAAGUCAGGUGCCAAAUACAUUGAAAUUCUUCUUCAGCGAGGAGCCACUCGUGUAUAUCUUGCGCAUCGACUAUUCAAACGUGGUCCAAGAUAUUAUUUGGGAGUCCCCGGACGGCAAAGUGUGCGGUCCGCGGCCAGGAGAGGGACUGUUCCCGCACCUGUACAACGGACUCAAACUGGGCAAAGACGAAGUGGAAAGCAUCGCAAUCUGGAAGAAUGAUGACGGAUGGGAUAAGGCACUGAAAGGGGCAAAACCAUGGCUCCUGUACUGA